GCUCCACUUGACAAAUCUAAACCUCGAGAAGGACCCAUUUCCCAUCCCCCUGUUUGCUCGUUUCACUUCAAGAGCAAAAGCAAAGCGAAGCCAGGAUGGGUUCGGUUUCACUGAAGAUCGGGGAUGGAACAGCAAGAUUCAAGCGAGCCACAGUUUGUUCUUUUGCUGUUAACAUUCUCAUGCUUUUCUCUGUUAUCAUCACCAAUCUCUUUGCUUUAUAUGCCUUCACUUACUCACCAAAACAAAACAUACCCAACCCUUUUCACCAUCCCCACAAGAACUUAUCUUUAAUCUCUCAACAUGUCUCUUUGAUUAUGAAAGAGAUCGAUUCUUCUCAAAGAAAGCUUGCCCAGAUGGAAAAACAGCUCCUUGGUUAUGACACCCUUGAUCUUUCAAGACCCAAUCUUGCAACUGAGCUCAAGUUUUUCCUUCAACACCAUCAGCUCCCUUUGGGGAAGGAUUCAAGAACAGGGAUCACCGAGAUGGUGGCUUCUGUGGGACAUUCCUGUGAGAAAUCUGCUGAUUUGUUGUCCCAGUACAUGAGUUACAAGGUUUUUGGACCUUGUCCUGAUGAUUGGAUUCUUGCUCAGAAGCUAAUAUUGAAGGGAUGUGAGCCUCUGCCUAGGAGGAGAUGCUUUGCCAAGACUGUUCCUAAGGUAGGCCUUACUUCUUUACCUGCUUCUCUUUGGAAACCUGUUGGGGAAAAGAUUUUGACUUGGAGUGGACUUGGUUGCAAGAAUUUCAACUGUUUGAAUAAUAAAAAAUUGAGUAAAGACUGUGCUGGUUGCUUUGAUUUGGUUAAUGAGACUCAAAAAUAUAUCAAGACUAGAACCAAGAAUGAUUUUCUUAUUGAUGAUGUGUUGGCUAUGGGGAGUGGUGGGAUCAGAAUAGGAUUCGAUAUUGGAGGUGGGUCUGGGACUUUUGCUGCUAGAAUGUCUGAGAAAAAUGUGACUGUCAUUACUAACACCCUUAAUAUUGAUGCACCCUAUGCUGAAUUCAUUGCUGCAAGAGGCCUUUUCCCUUUGUUUUUGAGUUUGGACCAUAGGUUCCCUUUCUAUGAUAAUGUGUUCGAUUUGGUGCACGCGACAAGCGGAUUAGAUGUUGGAGAUAAACCAGAAAAAUUGGAGUUCUUGAUGUUCGAUAUAGAUCGGAUCUUGAGGGCAGGCGGCUUGUUUUGGUUAGAUAAUUUUUACUGUGCGAAUGAUGAAAAGAAGAAGACCUUGACUCGAUUGAUCGAAAAGUUCGGGUAUAAGAAGCUGAAAUGGGUUAUAGGAGAGAAGAUAGAUGCUGGUGGAUCAGGAAAACCUGAACUUUAUCUUUCUGCUGUUUUACAAAAGCCAGUGAGAGUCUAAUGGUUGCUAGGUAAGAUUAUUUGUUGGAAUUUUGUAGCUUUAUCCAUACAAAAUUUGUAAGCUUUUUUGCCUUGCAUACCCU